AUGAAGAUGAAUAGAAUUUUCCUAUUCCAAUGGCUUCCUUUGCUUCUUUUAUUGAUCUUCUCAAAAACCUCAAUUUCUGUAAAACCCCAUAAAAUCCCAAGGCUUACACCACUUCUUAAAAACAUCCUUAAAGAUUUUAAUACCCUUUCUAAUUCUUCUACCACUUUACCAAAAGAGUUUGAGACUUAUUUCUAUACACAAACACUUGAUCACUUCAAUUAUGGACCUAAAAGUUAUUCCACUUUUAAGCAAAGAUACAUAAUUAAUUCUAAGUAUUGGGGUGGUUCCAAUUCAAGCUCUCCAAUUUUUGCUUAUCUUGGUGCUGAAUCUUCCAUUGAUAAUGAUCCUCUUAGUAUUGGAUUUCUCACUGAUUUUGCCCCUCGUUUUAAGGCUCUUCUCGUUUACUUGGAGCAUAGGUACUACGGACAAUCAAUACCAUUUGGGAAAAUUGAAGAAGCUCUAAAAGAUGAAGAUAGAAGAGGUUAUUUCAAUUCAGCACAAGCAAUAGCCGAUUACGCAGAACUUCUGCUGCAUGUUAAAGAACAAUUCUCAGCACCUAAUUCUCCUAUUAUUGUCAUUGGAGGAUCUUAUGGAGGAAUGUUGGCUUCGUGGUUUCGAUUAAAGUAUCCUCACAUAGCUCUUGGUGCUCUAGCUUCAUCAGCUCCUAUUCUUUAUUUUGAUGACAUUACUCCUCAAAAUGGAUAUUAUUCGAUUGUCACUAAGGAUUUUAAAGAAGCGAGUGAGAGCUGUUACCAAACUAUACGAGAUUCAUGGUCCAUAAUUGACAAGAUUGCUUCUACAAAAGAUGGACUCGCCUAUCUCAGUCAAAAAUUCAAGACUUGCUCGCCGUUGAAUAAUUCUUCCGAUUUGAAGGGAUAUUUGGAUUCGACAUAUGCCGUUGCUGCUCAGUAUGACGAUCCCCCUAGGUAUCCAGUGACAGUGAUUUGUGGAGGAAUUGAUGGUGCAACCAAUGGAAGUGAUGUUCUUGAUCGUAUUUUUGCUGGAAUUGUUGCAUAUGAAGGGAAUAAAUCUUGUUAUAAUAUUCUUCCUGGUCAAACCGACUUAGGAUGGGAUUGGCAAACAUGCAGUGAGAUGGUGAUGCCUAUAGGACGAGGCGAAAAUGAUACAAUGUUCUAUUCAGCUCCUUUUAGUUUGGAUGAGUUCAUAGAAGACUGCAAGAGAGACUAUGGUGUCUCCCCUCGUCCACAUUGGGUCACAACUUAUUAUGGCGGACAUGACAUAAAAUUAAUUCUUCAUAGGUUUGCUAGCAACGUCAUUUUCUCCAAUGGACUAAGAGAUCCUUAUAGUAGUGCAGGGGUUUUGCAGGACCUAUCAGAUAGUCUACUAGCUGUCACGACGCGUAACGGUUCCCAUUGUCUAGACAUUCUUACUAGCCAGCCAACAGAUCCAGAUUGGUUAACAAUGCAAAGGAACAGAGAGGUUGAAAUCAUUGAAGGAUGGAUAACAACGUACUAUGCUGAUCUCAAAGUCCUCAAAAAUGGCACAAUGACCUAAAAGAAGAUGUUCUAGCUAGUGAUGUUCUAGCUAGUUUCUCAUGAGUUUGAUGAGUAAUGAAU